CGCUCCCUCUUUGUCUCUUUUUUACGCCUGGCGUUUCUCGGGAUGAGUUUCCUGUAUCAGGCGCUCGCUGCAUCCGGAUCAGCGGGAGUGAGCUCGCAUUGAGUGCAAGAGCCGCAGCUGCUCCCUAAAGCGAUCCGGAACCCGCCCGGCUAGAGGGACGAAAGAGACGCCGGCUCCCCGAGCCUUCCCUUUCUCUGCUCUACCGAGCAGGUGAUGGAACAAUGAAGGACACAGAAGGGAAGACGCUACAGCAGCAGGAGGAGGAGGACUUUGAACCCCAAGUGGAAUUGCACUUCACCAUAUUGGAAGAAUCAGAAGGCGGCAUUUCUCAAGGGAAACUGUGGCACUGUGAGAUCAAUGCCGAGCUGCAGCCCGAUCGUUCCUGUCAGCCGGAGCUGGAUGAUGAUUCCGUCUACUCUGACCGAUCGCGCUCUCCCUCCCCAGAGCUACAGGAAGUACUGCCGGACCCUGACAGGGGAGCCGGAGAGAGAAGGGUGGAGGCUUAUCUUCAGCAAGGUCCUGAGCAGCAGGUCGAGCUUCAUUUCACCAUAUUGGAGGAGUCAGAAGGGGGCAUCUCUGAGGGAAAACUCUGUGCGAGCGAGGUCAGAGCAGACGAAGCCCUGGAGGUGGACUACCGAGAGCGCCAGUGGAAUGGGCCUGUACCUUGGAAUGAGAAACUCAGCCAGCCGUUGGAGGCAAGGAAGGCUUCCCUCCCAGCGGAGGGCAGGCCGGAAGGUGAAACCAAAGGGGAGGCCCCUCAGCAACAAAACUCUGAGCAGCAGGUGGAGCUCCAUUUUACCAUCUUUGAUGAUCCUGAAGAAGUGAGCCUUUCCCAGGGGCCAGAGGACUUCCCCGUCUGGGAAAGCCCGUUCAAACCAGCCAUGUAUCAGGGAGACUAUCCAAAAGAGGACUGGGAUACAUCCAUUGACAGCCUGGGAGAUGUCUUCGAAGCAUCUUUCCAGCAGCAGUUCUACUCGGGAGGGAGGAUGUACCCCUGUACCGAGUGCGGGCGCGUUUUCAACCGGAAGUCGACGCUGACGCGACACUGGCGGACCCACACGGGGGAGAAGCCCUAUUCGUGUCUCGACUGUGGGCGGAGCUUCAGCCUGAACCUGAACCUCCUUACCCACCAGAUGACCCACACGGGAGAGAAACCCUACAAGUGCCCUGACUGCGGGCAAAGCUUCACCCGCAGCACGAGCGUCACCAGGCAUCAGCGAAGCCACAGAGAGGGGAGCCCUUAUAAAAAUGACCUAUGGGAUGAAAGCUUCCCGUACGAGCUCCCGGUCCCUUUUCCCUAUCCCAUGCCCCAGGCGGAAGAAAGGUCCUACGUGUGCCCCGAUUGUGGCGAGACCUUUACCCACAGCGGGAGCCUCAAUAGGCAUCUGCGGAUGCACAGGGGAGAAAGGCCUUACAAGUGCGUCAUGUGCGGGGAAGGCUUCUGUUCGAUGUCUAAGCUUUACAGGCACGAGAGGAUCCACAUGGUGGAGAAGCCCUACCACUGUGAGAUCUGUGGGAAAAGCUUUGCCGUCAAGUCAACGCUGACCAGGCACCAGAUGCUCCAUCAGGCAGAGAGGCCCUACAUGUGCUCUCACUGUGAAAAAGGCUACGUUCAGAGGAGCCACCUGGCCAGGCACCACCACAAAGCACACCCUGGGGUGCCCUUUAACCCCGUCAAAGCGAACAGUAUGCCUGCCACCAUUCUGGAUUCCGACAACCUAGUCACCUAUUUCUGGGGGGAUGAGGAAACGGACACUACCUCUGAACCUGUUCCAACGCAGUUGAUUUACUCGGGAGCAGACUGCUGAAGAGGGGCUAAGCCUCACCUGGAGUUACAUGGUUCCCCCCCCCCACUUGAAGAGAAGCACUUUGGGCCCCCAACCUCUUCUGCUCCAUCUUUUCUAAGUCUCCCACAUGUUGGAAUCUUUCUGAUUUUAAGAGCUUGGGGAAUUAGUCCCCAAAGUGGAUUCUUAUUGCAGGUUUUGUUGUGGGCGGCCUCAGUGCCAAGAUUACUUUCUUGCCUUGCUGCUUUGCUAACUUGAGUCCGAAUGCCAACAAAACAUCCCAAGAGGAUGCUCUACCUGCUCUGUCCUGCUUUCUACUGUAGAUGGCACCAGCAUCUUAACUUUUAAUGCCUACUGUGGCAGGCAGACCACAGUGGACAGCACAGUUCUGCAGCAGGCGAUAAACAUAUUCCUGAGCAAAACUGGUUCAUGUGGACCACUUCCCAAGCUGCUUAAUGGAACAAAAGCAAAAGUGCCAUUUUGUAAAGGGGGUGGCAAGUCUUAUGUGGCGAUGGAAAAACCUGCUUUAGAGGGGAGAGCAGCCUGGUCUGUAGCAAAAUGUCUAGUCUUAGGGAGAUGGGCAAGGAGUUUGGGAGUUCAUCCGAAUUCAUUUUUUUGUUUGUAGUAAGGGAGAAAUUUUUUUCUUAAAGGAAAACUACACCUUGUUUUAUCACUUUAUGUUUCUAGUGAUGGCUGAACUCUUGGAAAAAAUUAGUAAAAUAUGGAAAUGGGGAAAAAAGCACUCAGACGCUUUUGAGAAGUGUUAUUUGAUGAGUAAACCUAGAAAUCAAAUGAGAAAAUGAAGCCCUUAGAGUCAAGAUCCUUUUGGUACGGGGGGGGGAGUGUUGGUGGUUAAGAGCAUAUAUAGGAAGCUGCCUUAUACAACAUCAGGCAUUUUUUCAUCUAUUUAUUAUUAUUAUUAUUAUAGUUGCUUGUUACCUGAAAGUCUCAAAUGACUUACAACACAUUAAAAACCUAAAUGUAAAUACAUAAUACCACAGAACAAACAACACCUGGAACUGCUACAGGACACUUGGCGGCAGCACUAAUCACAAAAACAUCACCUCAGUCUAUCAAAAGCCUGGGGAAAAGGUAAGGUUUUGCCCUGGCACCAAAAAGAGGUCUAUGAUGGCACCAGAUGGACCUUGUUGAAGAGAGCAUUCCACAGCCAGGGAGCCACAAGUGAAAAGCUCCGGGUAGGUUUAUCUCAGGAGAAGCGUUCCAGAAGAUGUAAUCGUAUCUUUUAGCCCUGCAUUUCUCUACAGGAGGUGUGGGGAACCUUUGUUCCAUCCAGCCAUUGCUGAACUAAAACUCCCACCAGCCCCAGCAACAUGGCCAGAGGCUAGAGAUGAUGGGAGUAGUUCAGCUACAUCUGGAGGGCCAAAGGUUCCUCACACCUGACCUUCAUUUGACUGAUCUGUAUUUUAACAGACUUGUUGGAAGAGGAGAGUCUUCAGUAGGUGCCUGUCUAAUAUUUAAUGGGAGAGGAUUCCGGAGCGUAGGUACCACCACGCUGAAGGCCUGGUUCCUAUAUACAAGCCCCGUUGGGAUUGCUUCCAUGCAGGAGUUCCUGAUUGAAGCUCCAAAGUGCAGUCAAUCCCUGCCCCAAAGUGAGGCUUGCAAAUGUUUGCAGCAACAGCAAGCAUGAUACAUGACACAGGAACAUUUUACCCUUGCAUACUGGCUUGAAUUCAAGCCAGCCUACAAAAGAAAACACAUUACCCGAUGUCAGGUGAUUUGAUUGCUGGAUGUGGGUUGGGGGAAUGUCAUGAUCUCGCCAGCCUGAUUGAGUUCCCCACCACUGGUAUACAGAGAGAGGAUAAUUGCCUCUAGUUAAAAUCAGUACAGUUUUGAAAGGUUCAGUCUGCCAUCUUGAUUCAAAAUGGCGUCCAGUUGUAUCCAAACAUAGGUGAAAUACCUUCAGAAGCGAUCAACUGCAUAGUGCAGGGGUUCCCAAACUGGUCCCUGAGCUUCAUUUAGGUGGUCUGCAGCAUGUCUGGAUUUGUGGUUGAAGGUGGGAGAUGGCACAUCUAUCGCGUUAAAUGUUCAUAUUGAUUUUCAUUGUAUCGUUAGUGCUUCUUUUAUUCUGUGCAAUUCAAAUUGUAAUACAAUAAAAUAUAAUAUCUAUAAGAAAUGAAAGAAGCACUAAAAAUACAAUUAAAGUCAUAUAGCACCCAGUACACUGAAUUAUAACAAGCAGAAUAAUCACUGCCAAGACCCUUAACAAUAUUCAUGGGGGGAAAGGUUUGGGAACCACUGGCAUAGCAAACAGACAAACAACUUUCCAAAAUACUUAAUAAUUAUAGUACUUAUAGGCCGCAUUUUUCAUUCAGUACAUCUAGGUGGCUUAUAACAUGCAAAGGCAUAAUAAAUAAAUAAAUAAAUAAAAGCAUCAAUAAUAUUGUAUUGCCUGCCGGGGGGUCAUGUUAAAAGACCUGUCUAACAGGUUCGGAUGUUAAAA